AUGGGCAUGUUCUCACGCAAACAGCAGACACCUGCGAGCACAGGACCUGGAGCUAAUGUAGCUACUCAUGAUACAAAACAUCAUGGUAAAGGACCACUCGUUCUUCCCAUGAGCAAACGUCCAAGUUUCGGUCAAUGGCUUAAAGUUACCUGGCUAGAUAUUCUUACUAUGGCUGCAAUGGGUGCUGUUGGACUGGGUGUUUAUGAAGCUCAUCCAGCUCCUUCUCGGUCUUUCCCCGUCUAUUUUCAAGAUGGAGAGAUUGUUUACCCUCAAUUUGCAUACCCUCUUCGCAAUGAAAUUGUUCCUAUUUGGGAGGCAGCACUUCUUGCCUCUCUCGUUCCCAUCGCCGCCUUCCUCAUUGUCCAAAUUCGUGUCCGAUCUUUCUGGGAUAUGAAUAAUGCCGUGAUUGGUCUCCUCUAUUCUCUCAUCACGGCCGCAGUCUUCCAAGUUUUCCUCAAAUGGCUCAUCGGUGGUCUUCGUCCUCAUUUCCUCACCGUCUGCAAACCAAACAUUCCAGUUACCACACAACAAGAAACAGGAAAUGGUCUCAACUACAUCAUGUACGAUCGAACAAUCUGUACGGGUGAUGAGGAUGAAAUUGACGAUUCUCUCGAAUCUUUCCCAUCCGGUCACUCCACCGCUGCAUUUGCCGGUUUCGUUUUCUUAUCCUUGUAUCUCAAUGCCAAGCUCAAGGUCUGGUCAAACUAUCAUCCUGCCAUGUGGAAACUCAUCGUAACAUACGCACCUAUCCUCGGCGCAACACUCAUCGCAGGUGCCCUUACCAUUGACGAAUACCACAAUUGGUAUGAUUGUCUCGCAGGAGCAAUCAUCGGAACCGUCAUGGCUUUUUCCGCUUAUAGAAUGGUAUAUGCAUCGAUUUGGGACUGGAGGACCAAUCACAUUCCUUUGAAUCGCGCGACUCCGUUCCCGGGUACUGGUGCCGGUGCGGAGCUUGAGAAUGCGACUUUUACGAGACAGGUGGGUUGGGGAAGUGACGGUUAUGGUGCGAGUGGUUUUGGUGGUCAGAAUCAUGGUUAUGCUCAUGGUUAUGGUUAUGGUCAUCAAAAUGCUAUGAAUGAGGGAAUGGUUCAAGGUGGUGAUAUUAGAAAUAAGGAAUACCCUCAUGGAACUGGUACCACAACCACUGGUAUUGGACGGAAACCUGUAGGAACAGGAGCGGGUCAUUAUAAUGGUGAUGCUGCGCAUAUAGUUUGA